CAGGCUUUGGGAACAGUAAGCAGGAGGAGGCUUUGAAUGGGUGAUGUAGGAAAUGGAAGGCUGGUACUGUAGAAGGAGGGAAAAGUACAAUUUCUUCUUAUUUUAAAGAAUAUCAUGAAGACCCUGCAUAAGGAAUUUAGAUCUAAAAGUGAGGGUUGUUUAGUCAAGUCAAUGCCAUCUGAUAUAGCAGAGAACUCAAAAUGUGCCAUCUGCUUGCAAAGAAUCCAAGACACAACUUACCUGAACCCUUGCAACCAUAGGUUCUGCUUUGAGUGCAUACAGAAGUGGUCCAGAAAGAAAGUAAAAUGCCCACUGUGUAAGCAGUGUUUCCAUUCAUUCUUUCACAAUGUUACUACGAAAGGUGAAUUUUGUGAGUAUGUUCUGCCUUUGAAUGAUGGCACCUUUGCUCAUUCUGAAAGCAGGGAAACUCACGCAUCAACUUCCUCUCAAAGACCUAUGUCGCCACCCGACAACGGGAUACUGCAGGAUGAAAUCAGAGGAACACUAACUCAAAGAGAGAAGGAUAUUUAUCAGCUGAUGAGACAAUUCGCGGUAACAAAGACACCAGCCAAUAUAGAUGUAAUAACCCUUGGGAAAUUUAAAGCCCAAGCUGUAAUUCACUUCAGGAGAGCUCUGUACCAUACUGGGAUCUUUGUUCAAAAUGCUAAGAAACUGGAUUUCAACCAAAUUGCUUCAGCAGAAUUUUUCAGCAGAAACCCUAGUAGCGUUAACAGAUUAAUCCCAUGGCUGAAACGAGAAUUAAAAGUGUUGUGUGGUAAUCAGAAGCAAUUGAUUCACACCUUACAGAGUCUCAUUUUGAAUAACAUGACUCAGCACAAUCUCCAAAGCAAGGAGUUUGAAGCUCUCUUACUGCCCUACUUGCGGCAUUUCACCACUCACUUUCUACAUGAAUUCAUCAGUUUUGUGAAAUCACCAUUUAAUGUCAAGAAGUAUGACUGGAAUUCUUCAUAUGGAUGCCCUGCUCUUUCAAGGGAAGAUUCAGAUUCUUUCAUCUCUUCUGCAUCUGAUGAUGAUGAUCAUUCCCAAGGACCUGAUAAUGAUCAGGCACCUGAAGUCAGUGGUAAUUUAGAAGAUGGCAACCUGGGAUACCUGCACUCUAGUCCAGAGCUGGAUCUUGCAGCUAUGUUUACUAAGGCAGAGGGUAUAAACCAUUCUAAUAAUCAAGGAAAUGAUUUGGAGGACUUGUUCAAUAUUGAUACUGAAAAAGAGAAAGAUACACCAGACAAUUGUCUAAAAAACAAGAUGGUCAUGUUACCACCAGAUACAAAAGCACAACCCGCUGUAACUUUCGCUCCCCACCAGAUGCUUCAAUUCACAAAGAAAAAUGAGGACACAGGAAAACCACAUCCUAUUCAGGUUCAUGUUCCAGAGCACACUGAAGCCUCCAAGAAUUCUCCACAUUUAUUAGCAUCUGGUGAUUAUAAUGUAUUUAGCUGUGAUCAAAGAGACGUUGCUCCAAUUGCUGUUAAGCAAAAUACCACCAAAAAAGAAACAAUCAAAUGGCAGCAGUCAUCUUUUUCCACAAGUAACUUACACCACCCUUCUUCAGAAUGGCAUACAACAUUAUCUCCGGGCAGAAAACAUAUAUUCAAAAAGAGUAAAUCAAGGGGUAUAGAAUGUAGUUUGGGGGAAGCAUAUUCUCCCACAAAAGACAGGCGUAGAGGAAGAAGCAGAACAAGGCUUCAGUGUGAAGGAAGGCAAUGUACAAACUAUGCCAGUGCUAAAGACGGGAGGCUGAGCAGGGAACAAAGAAGAUCAAGAUCCAGAGAAGGCAAUUUAUUCUGCAAGAGCGAUCCAUCCUUAAGAAGUGAGAACAUUGUGACCAGAGAUAUGAAGAAGUCAAAGUCUCAGAAUACUCACCAUUUUAGAAAACUAAAGAGUAAAGAUUAUGAUUAUUUAAGGAAUGAAAUUUCCAGUGAACCAAGCUGGAGAUGCCAUUACUACAGACAAGACUGUGAGAGAUACAGAUAUGAAGAACCAUUGUGCAGUAAGGGUGAGCUAAGCAGAGAUUACAGUCGGCAUCCCCUGGUUAUCUCCAGGGAGAGAUUGUAUUUUCCCACAGAAAAUAAAAUCUCAGUUGAUCAAGAAAGUCUUACUAAAGGUUGCUUUCGCUCAGAGAGAUGCAGAAGUGCACGGAGAUCCCGGGGCCGAUUUGCUCUAGUAAGACCGGAGGAAAGGUCUUACAAUAAACUGAAUGGGAAAAUCAGGCAAAAAUCAAAUCACAUGGACAUUCCGCAUGGAAGGAGAGGAUACAGCCUUCUAUGAAUAGCUAAAACAGUUGCUACCUAGGUGAGUUCAAAAUAAAAAUAAAAUUAAAAUGCCACAAUGAAAGCUAUACUGGGAGGGCCACAGAAGUAAUGACUGAAAUUUUACAUGGACAAAUAUAUAAACUAAUGGAAGGCAAUCGCCUCACAGUAACUCUUCUUCUAGUGGACUUUUGUCUUUUUUGGUAUUAAGGAUAUACUUUUUUAAAAAACCCUCUGUUCAUGAUUAUGUUGUUCAGCUUCUAUCACAAUUGUUCCCAAGCCCUUAGGGCAGGCAACUUAGAAAAUGCAAACCACAAAUGAUUUUUAAAAGCCGACCUCAAAUUAUGUGCUGUCUGCUGAAACUUGUAAUUGGACUCCAUCCCAAAGAAGAAAUAUUUCAGGCGCAUACUUGAACGGAUCUCAUAGGAAGGGUGUUCUGCAGUUGCUGGGUAGCAUGGAGAAAAAAGUAUUUGAAAUAAUUUGUACUGGAAACUGA